ACACACACACACACACCGACAGCGGUGAGGGCUGUCAGUCCAAACCGGCUACUUUUAACACAUCGUACAGCUAUGUUCUUCUUUCUUGCCUGAAAUACUCCUGAACUGAUAUAUUCUGGGGGCACGUAAAAACAAUUGUAAACAUAUAAGGGCACAAUCCUCCCUAAACUAGUCGACGUACCACCAAACGAAAAACCCCCGGGAAACUCGUCCAGACAACGUCACAUCUGCGCACGUGCAGCAAAUCGCUAAAACAUGUGACGUAACUUGAGAGUCCGGCUUAAAGUCAUAUAGCUCAUACUACCCACUACUAUUUUAAUACCGUUAGCAGUACUUUGUGAACUAAGACUGUCUAAAUUGGUACUAAAUAUACCAGAAAGAUUUUAAAAUAUGGUCGUCUAACUGCGGUAUCCGGCUGUUUGAUUCAUGAACCACUACCUCCUGGAAGGCGCUACAUGUCUGCGUUUUAAGAGCACCGUACUCACAAUUCAAAACUUCUUAUUGAAGCGUUAUGACAACCACUCAAAAGCUCAGGAGCACAUAUGCUUCAUCAGGGUAUGAGAGCGAUGGUAUGCAGGGUACCUCCUGUGUGGCAGAGCCAUGGAGCUGCCCUGCUCCCAUGGAAAAGGAGAUAUCAUCUGGCUCCAAUCCCGGCAGGAGCCCUGCUACCCUCCUCACAUACUGCAGUAUCAAUGGCAGCCUUCUGGGGGAGGCAGACCAGCAGGGCUAUGACGUGGAGUUUGACCCCCCCCUCGAGAGCAAGUACGAGUGUCCCAUCUGCCUGAUGGCCCUGCGAGCGGCGGUGCAGACGCCCUGCGGCCACCGCUUCUGCCGCAGCUGCAUUGAAAAAUCCAUCCGGGAUUCGGGCCAGAAGUGCCCAGUGGACAAUGAACUUCUGCAGGAGGACCAGCUCUUCCCAGACAACUUUGCAAAGCGUGAGAUCCUUUCCCUCACUGUGCUGUGCCCCAAUGCCGGCUGUGACCACAAGAUGGAGCUCCGGCAGCUCGACGAUCACAACAAGCGCUGUCAGUUUGCUGUGACCCUGUGUCCGCUCUGCCGGGAGUCAGUGCGGAAGAGUGAGCUGGAGGUCCAUACGGCCCAUCAGUGUCCAAGACGCCCGGUCUCAUGCCCAAACUGCAUACAGACGUUCAUUUACGAGGAGACAAAGGUCCAUGAGCAGUCAUGCCCCCUGGCCAGUGUGGCAUGUGAGUACUGCAGCAUGGAGCUUAUUCGCGACCAGCUGUCAUCGCACUGUGACACAGACUGUGUGAAGGCUCCAGCCGCCUGCCCCUUCAGGGACUUUGGCUGUCGGGAGAAGAUGCAACGCAGCAACCUGGCGCAGCACAUGCAGGAGUUCACUCAGCUGCACAUGCGCUACAUGGCAGAUUACCUGCGCAGCCAGAGCCUCAAUGGGGCUCCGGGGGUGCCCUCUGAAGGCGGAGGCGGAGCCAGAGGUGGGCUGGCCUGCAAAUGCCUCCAGGAAAGAGUGAACUUGCAUGAGACAGUGCAACAGCUGGACGGCAGGCUGGUGCUGCAAGACCAGCAGCUGAGGGAGCUGAGCAUCAGCAACGAUACGCAGGCUGCCAGACUGGUGGAGCUGCGCAGGCACCUGCGCUCCCUGGAGGAGCUGCUGCGGGAGCUGGAGGCCCAGCAGUGCAUGGGCAUCUAUGUGUGGCGGGUGGAGGGAUUCUCUGCACACCUGCGCAGCCAGGAGUCCAGUCAACCCGUGGUCAUCCACAGCCCCGGCUUCUACACUGGCCGGCCAGGAUAUAAGCUGUGUCUGCGGCUGCAGCUGCAGGCGCCUAGCGCACCCUGCUGCGCGGACUACAUUUCCUUGUUUGUGCACACCAUGCAGGGUGAAUUCGACAGCCUGCUCCACUGGCCACUGCAGGCCACCAUCCGACUGGCCAUCCUGGACCAGGCGGAGGAUCACCACCACAUGGAGGUGAUGGAGACCAUCCCAGAGCUUUACGCUUUCCAGCGGCCUGUCCUGCCUCGCAAUCCCAAGGGCUUCGGCUACAUCACCUUCAUGGCGCUGCAGGCGCUGCAGGAGCGGCAGUAUGUGAAGGAUGACUGUCUGCUGGUGCGUUGCGAGGUCAGCCUGCACUGUGACUGGCAGCUGCAGCAGGGGGUGCUUCAGGGGCGCUGCCCUGAGUCACUGCUGUGAGACAGAGGGGCAGAUACGGGGAGCAGGGGCGUCCUGCCAGUGUGUGAAGGGUAGCUUCAGCUUGGGGGUGAUCAAUGUGUCUUUGUGUGGCCCUGCUUUGAGGAGCCCAGGGCAGCCCUUAGCUGUAGUACUCUCACUAAGAACGUCAAAAUGUCCAUAUGUAUUACAUUCACAAUGCGGCAUUUAAGAAAUAGUAAGAACAUCGUUUUAUCUUGGAUAUCAUUUAAAAACCUGCCCCCCGAAAAAUCACCAUAAUGUAAUAAAGAGCCGGGAGAAAUGACUUUUUCUUUAAAUUAUUGUUCUUUUGAUAUGACUUUUUCAGUAAUUCGAGUUCUAGUCUUAUACAUGUUAAAGGUCUGUGUCCAGACUGCUCAGCACCUGGUACCCUGAAACACUCUGAUCACAAGUUGAGCACUUUUACUAUUACAAUGACAUAACAAAACUAUGUAUUCAUCUUCAGGAGGAAUGAUCUGGAAACAGAACAUCUGCACUUAUGAAACUGAAAUAUGCUGCAGGACUAAUUUGUAGCAUUUCGCUUCCAUCUUUUGAAUUGAUUAACAUCUACACACAAAAGCAGUAUUAGCACGGUGCAUAAAUGGAUGCAGUAUUAACAGUGAGGCAGUGAACGUGAGAUGUUGGUCCAAAGGCUACAGCUAUAGGACUGCAACUGAGGCUAAGUAUGUCUGACAUUUCAAUGAAGAUACCAAAACAAAUGAAGAUACCAAAACAAAUGAAGAUACCAAAACAAAUGAAGAUACCAAAACCAGCACCAGAGACGCAAGACUUUGGUCACAGUGGAGGAAGUAAAUCAGAAGGCACUGGACUAAAGGGAAACUCUUGCAUUUCAUAUAAGGAGGAAAAAACCAUCGGCCUUGAGACCAACUGCUAUGGAAGCGAUGCAGCACAUUGGUGUGGGAGUCGAUUCCUGCUUCUGAACACUCACAACUCGGCAGAGAAAGUGUGGGGGCCAAAUGGAUGUGACUUUGCGUCGAACAUAAAUGGCGUGUAGGCAGGAGAGAAGCGCGAUUCAGAGAGGCCUCGGUGUCAUUUUGAAAGAAGGCAGGAAAACUCACUACUGGGUUACGUCAGUUUCCUGUGUACCGGGCCUGUGCCUCACCAUGAAAACUUCAGACUUACAAUUUCACAAAAAAAGUGUAAACAUGGUUCCCCACAGCUGCUACAUCACAGCCUUUACAAUAAUAGGCUGGUCCCACGGCUCCCUUGCGGGGUGUCAUUCUGCAGCUCUUCCACUACGGCUUUUUGAUUGCACCUGCAUUCAUUAAAAUAUCCAUAUAUGCACUUCCCACACCUGAUUACCCAGUUCAGGGAUUUUGGUGAGUCUGAAGCCUGGAAGCAUAGGCAGGGAGUCCCUGGAUGAAAUGUCAGUCCAUCACAGGGCAUAAGGCAGGGAUUCCCUGGAUGGGAUACCAGUCCAUCACAGGGCACACACACAUUCAUACAGUACAAUCACAUAUUAUGGGUAAUGUAAAGAUACCAGUUCAAAUAACCACAUAAUUUUAGGCUGUGGGAGGAGACCGAAGCAUAGGACACAAUCACAAUGCGCAAUCAAACAAAUCAAACAAAUAGGCCAAGGGCAGGAAUCGAACCCCUCUGGAGGUGUGAGGAUACAGUGUUACCCAUUUGCACGACUGUGCUGUCUAAUAUUUUGAUGAAAGCAGAUGACAGUGAUAGAAAUAAAGUGCAUAGAUAUGACUUCACCAGCUACUAUUAAGUUCAAUUGCUCCCUCCACCCAAUGAUC